AUGGCGUUCCAGAUCUGGGCCCUUUGUGUGACGGCAAAGGAGAUUGAACUGAAAAAGGUUGAAGGAGGCACCCUUCAAUAUCCUGGCUCCGCCCGUGCCACCGUCAACCUUUGUGCAGGCUUGGGUUGGCGCAGGGACGCCAUCGAGCUGAGUGUGGUUGUGGGCAAGGGAUUUCCGAUUGCCACCGGAUUCUGGAAUCAGGGCCAAGUAAUUGGAGAAGAAGCUCUUGUUCGAAUAGCUCCAACUAUUGCAGGUGUGGCAGACAUAUCAACAGCACACCAUCUCUUUAAGGCACUGGUUGGAGAUGAAGAAGGCAUCUCUUAUAGUUUAUGGACAACAUAUCUUUCUGAAAUUUUGAAGGUACAUCAGGCAAGACAAUCAUAUGAAAACAGAGACAAUGUGUUGCCCAAUGAGCAACUUUUGUGCAUUGGCUCAAGUAGGAGGCGGCCUGUUUUAAAGUGGGAGGAUAACAUUGCAUGGCCUGGAAAUCUGACUCUAACUGAUAAGGCAUUAUAUUUUGAGGCCAUUGGACUGACAGGUACUAAAAAAUCAGUGAGAUUGGAACUCAUGCAUCAUGGUUCACGGGUUGAUAAAACAAAAGUUCGACCUCUUGGGUCAAAAUUUUUUGAUUCUGCUGUAUCUGUUACUAGUGGCCUCAAUUCAGAAACUUGGAUCCUUGAAUUUAUUGAUUUUGGUGGUGAAAUGAGACGAGACGUUUGGCAUGCUUCCAUUAAUGAAAUUAUCUCAAUGUAUGAGUUUGUACGUGAUUAUGGACCAAGUGAUGAUGACCCAUUAAUCCAUUAUGUAUAUGGUUCUCAUAAAGGAAGGAGACGAGUUAUUAGAAGUACAGCAAACAGUAUAGCAAGGUUACAAUGUCUUCAGUUUAUAAGAAGACUGUCAGAGGAUCCAGCUAAACUGGUGCAGUUCUCAUAUUUACAGACUGUUCCUUAUGGUGAAGUGGUUUUGCAGACUUUAGCUUUAAGUUUUUGGGGUGGGCCACUGAUAACAAAGUUUGAGCAAACAAAUUAUCAACGAGUUGAGUGGAGUAGAUCUGUUGAAGACCUUUCUGAUGUUAGUAUUCAUGUGUUUGACAUAGAUGGAAGUGUGUUCUUGCGCAAGUGGAUGAAAUCACCAAGUUGGUCAGAUAACAUGUCGGUCACCUUCUGGAGGAAUUCUUUAGUUAAACGUGGGAUUGUGUUGGCAAAAAACCUUGUUGUAGGUGAUCUAAGUCUUGUUGAGAGGGCAGCAUUGACAUGCAAAGUGAAAAGUCGAAUAGUGGAGAAGACUCGAGCAACAAUUGAUGCAGCUAUGAUCAAAGGAAUCCCAAGCAAUAUUGAUCUUUUCAAGGAGCUUUUGAUUCCCUUGGUAGUGGUUGCCAAAAAAUUUGACGAGCUUAGGCAGUGGAAGAAGCCACGUUUAACUCUAUCUUUUUUAUUCAUUGUUUAUACCAUUAUUUUCAGAAAUUUACUGUCUUAUGUGCUCCCGGCAACCAUUGUGACUACGGCUACCACUAUGCUUUUAUUGAAGGGUCUCAAAGAACAAGGGCGUCUAGGAAGAUCUUUUGGUAGAGUAGUAAUACAUGAUCAGCCACCCUCAAAUACAAUCCAGAAAAUAAUUGCUGUAAAGGAUGCCAUGACAUACAUCGAGAACUAUCUUCAGAAUGUUAACAUUGUUCUCCUUAAAAUUAGGACGAUUUUGUUAUCUGGUCAACCUGAGGUGACAUCUGAAAUUGCCAUGGUGCUUCUCGGUUUGGCUAUUAUUCUCCUUGUGAUUCCUUUUAAGUAUAUUCUUGCUUUCGUUAUCUUCGAUCUUUUUACUCGUGAAUUAGACUUCCGAAGGAAAAUGGUUAUCAAAGUCAUGAAGUUUCUAAGAGAAUGGUGGGCUGCUGUUCAUGCGGCACCUGUGGUGGUACUCCCAUAUGAGAGUACUGAUAUGGUUGGAGUCGACAACACUGAUGCAGACAAAACAGAUCGAAAGGAUAUUGGAAAACGGUAAUGCUGCAGCCAUAGUGUAGAAAUGUAUGAAAUAUCAAUAAAUCCAUUGAUAUAUACUAAUAAACAGGCAAGAGGUUCAAUAUAUUUCACAAAUUAUAGUUCUAGGAUAAUUUCAUAUAUAUAUAUAUAGCGCAUAUGCUUCCGACUCCUGCUGCCGACUAUGACCCUUUUUCACCGGGCAAUUUUUACUGUAGUAAUACUCUGUGAGAUUUUUUUUA